AAGCUAGUAUAAUUAAAAUUAUUUUCAUGCUUAUCUCCGUCAUCCUCGUUUAAAACAAAGUAGCAAGACUUUGAACAUGACUAGCAUUCACAUUGAGCAACUGUAUUACAAAUUUGAAGCUCUUAUCUUCUGUUUUAAAUUCUCCUUCACGCAGCAUCUUUUGUACAAUAUCUAAUAUCUUUGCUAUCCACCAGUUACAAUAUCUUCAAAACUUACAUACAAUGGCUUCAACAAGUGCUGAAACUCCCACUAGCUGGGACGUUUUCUUGAGCUUCCGUGGCAUAGACACUCGACUUGGUUUCGUCAGUCAUUUAUAUUCUGCCCUGGAUCGCAAUGGUAUUCGAACUUUUAUGGAUGAUCCUGAGCUACGUCUUGGAGAUGGGAUCUCGGCUGAAUUGCUCAAAGCUAUUCGGGAAUCCAAAAUUUACAUUGUUGUCCUCUCUGUAAAUUAUGCUUCUUCGAGUUGGUGCCUUGAUGAGCUGGUAGAGAUUCUUGAUUGUAAGGAAACAAUGAAAAGAUUGGUUAUUCCUGUGUUUUUCAACAUUGAUCCUUCAGUGGUGCGAUAUCAAAAAGGGAGCUUUGAAGAACAUUUUAGAGUGCAUGGAGUUAGAUAUGCGGAUAAAAUGGAAAGAAUGGAGAAUUGGCGCCGUGCACUUAGUCAACUUGCUGAGAAUUCAGGAAUACAUAUUGACGGUAAAAAAACUGAAGCUGAUAUUGUCAACGAAAUUGUCAAGGAGAUUCUGCUACAAAUAAAACCCACCACUUUAGAUGUUGCCAAAUAUCCAGUUGGAUUGGAUUCUCGCGUUGAAGACAUAACAGCAGCAUUGUUGAGCAGGGGCACAAAAGGUGUCAUUAAGAUCGGUAUAUAUGGUAUGGGUGGCGUAGGCAAAACAACUCUUGCCAAGGCACUGUUUAAUAAACUUUUGCUAGGAAGCUUUGAAGGAAGCUGCUUCCUUGAAAAUGUGAGGGAAACUUCGGGGUAUGUAAAGGGCCUAGAGUCUUUGCAACAACAACUUAUUAGCGAUGUUCUUAAAAUUAGUAAGGAUGAAGCUAAAGUUAGCAGUGUUGACCAAGGAACUGAGCAGAUAGAACGGAGAAUUUGUUCCAGAAAAAGUUUGGUUGUUAUUGAUGACUUGGAGGACCCGGAAAAAUUUGAGUCACUGGUGAGAUCAUUUGCUCCUGGGAGUGUAGUUAUCAUAACUACAAGGGAUGAAGAUAUACUUCGGGGAAUUGAAGUAGAAACUCAAUAUCGAUACAAGGUUAAUGAGAUGGCUGGCGCUGAGGCAGAGACACUAUUUUUUAGACAUGCAUUUCGAGAUACUGAACCAAAUGACACUCUAAGGAUAUUGUCUAAAGACGUUCUACGUCUUGCUGGAGGACUCCCCUUGGCUCUCAAGGUUUUCGGCUCGUACUUGCAUAACAAACCCGAGGUUAAAUGGAAAUCUUACAUUGAGAAAGUGCAGCGAGAUCCCGACAGCAGUAUCGAGCAAAGACUUAGAAUUAGCUUGGAUGCCAAUGGAUCAGAUGAUCCCCUGCUAAAGAAGAUGUUCCUUGACAUUGCUUGUCUUUUCAUUGGAAGGAAGAAAAAAAAUUUGGUUGAAAUAUUGGAUACUUACUAUCCCUACGCGGAUGAUAAAAUUGAUAUUCUCGAGAAAAGAAGUCUAUUAACGUUCAAUGAAAGAGACCUAGUACGGAUGCAUGAUCUGCUUCAGGAUAUGGGGAGGAAAAUCGCGCGUAACAACUGUCCUGAUGAGCCCGGAAAGCAUAGCAGGUUAUGGGUACGAAAAGAAAUAUGGGAUGUGUUGGAGAAAGACAAGGGAACAGAAGCGAUUGAAGGUAUCUUGCACAACCGUUUUAAAUCCAAGCAGGAUGAAUUUUUCCGCUACUAUUUAGAAUCCAUUAAAUUGGAUCAUUUUAAUAUAGAAUCGUUUUCUACGGAAACUUUAAGAAGAAUGACUAGAUUAAGAUUUUUUUACUUGGAUGGCAUUAGUCUCACUGGAAAGUUUAAACUGACACUAGAAGAUUUGAGGUGGUUUUGUUGGAAUCAGUGUCCUCUAGAGUGUUUACCUUUCGAUUUUUCCCCUCAGAAACUUGUUAUUCUUGAGUUGCCAGCGAGCAAAUUGACAACAAUGUGGGAGGUAAAGAUUGUUUCCGAAGAUUUGACUACCACACCAGAUUUCAGAGGACUAACGCGUCUUGAAAAUUUAAAAACUCUUAACAUGUCCUUUUCCAAAGAUUUAACUAGCACCCCAGACUUUAGAAGACUGCCACGUCUCCAAAACUUGUAUCUUGAGGGCUGUAGAAGUUUGAAGGAGGUCCAUAAAUCAAUUGGAAGUUUGGUGAGACUUGUUUCCCUAAAUUUGAAGGAUUGUGUAAACCUAAGAAGUCUUCCAGAUACCAUCUGCAACUUGGGAGCUUUGGAAGUUUUAUGUAUUGAAUAUUGUACAGGGCUAAAAGCACUGCCAAUAGAAUUAGGGAACAUUAAAUCUCUAAAAGAGCUCAAUGCUUCCGAAACAAGUUUUCCGAAAUUACCAGAUUCGAUCGGAGAUCUUAGUAAGCUUGUUAAGCUGAAAUUAGAUCGACAUUUCUUGUACGGGGAACUUGAAUCUCUUCCAAACACCAUUUGCAACUUGAGAGAAUUGGAAGUUUUAAAGGUUAGUGUGAAAGCAUUGCCUGAUGACUUGGGGAAUAUUGAAUCUCUAAGAGAGCUCAAUGCAUGGGGAAUAGCCGUUUCCAAAUUGCCAGACAGCAUUUGCGACCUGAGAUCAUUGGAAAUUCUUGAUAUAUCUUAUUCUAAUACACUAGAGAGGUUACCUGAUCAACUGUGGAAGCUUACAAGCUUAUUGGAGCUAAAUGCAUCUUGGACUAAUCGUUUAGAGAAAGUUCCUGACAUAGAAUCAAGCCAGACUUCAUUACCAGUGACAAAGUUGGAUUUAUCUUAUAGUGAAAUCACUGCCCUGCCAUCCGGUAUUUGUCAGCUCUCAAAACUAGAAGUUCUUGAUCUUCAUGGUUGUGGUCGUCUGUUGUCCACAGCAGAACUUCCUCCUAAUCUGAAGUACAUUUUUGCCGAUGACUGUAAAUCUUUGAAAAGAUUAAAUCUAUCCAAUUUGAAACUGUUGCGGGAGUUGCAACUCACAAAUUGCAGUGAUUUGACAGAGAUUUUAGGCCUGGAGGAACUCACUUGUUUAGAGAAACUGUUGUUGCGAGGUUGCCGCCGCUCUCUACUGACACAUACUUUAACGAAGCCAUUGUUCCAGAUGUACUCUGCUCUUGAGCAAAAAAUCAAUAUUCAGCUUGACGUGGAAGGCUUUCCAGAUUGGAUUAUUCCAGAUGCGUCAUCUUCUGUGAACUCUUCCAAAGAAACUUCCGCAAGUAAUUACUUUGCGAUGAUUCUCUGCUUUGACCAGGAUAAAGAUGAUUCUGAACCUGCCUCUUAUUCUGUUAUGACUUCCGCAAGUAAUAUAUUCAAGAGCCGUAUAGAUUCAUCAGGUAUAGUAAUAGUUCCAAGAUCAAUCUUUACAGUCACAGAUACCGAUCAUACAAUCAUAUUUGCAUCAACAGUAGACAGACAUUGGAUUCAUCUACUGUACAAAAACGAGGAUAACAACAUCACUCUCAAUGUUGCAGAUGAAGAAAACACCUCCUCUGUAAGACCCCUGUUUAUAUAUAAAUUAUUUAAUAGUAUUUAGUUAAUGAUUAAUAGUUAGAAAAAAGAGAAAAAGAAAAGGCAUUAAAAACAAAUAAGGUGUAAGUUUGAGACAUAUGUUAUUUUUGUUAGAGAGGGAGCAGGAAAAGAGGAAGAGAAGAAAGAUAAAUUUUUUUAAUUGGAUUUGGAGUUGUAAGGUAAAGAUCAAAUCCCUAUAAUUCUAUGUAAAAGUUAUCAUAUUUUGUAUAGGAUUUAGAAUUCAUAGUUCUUGUGUUUUAUUAUAAUUUUGGAUUUGGAGAUGAAGAUGACGGUGUUUUAAUAAUUGAUGACCAAGACUAAGACGGUGGAAUGCUGGAGCGUGUGAUAGAGGGUGAUGACGGUGAUGAUACGGUAUAUGAAUCAUUUAGCAGUCUGGCUUCCUUUCACUUGCAACUAAUUAUCCUGUAAAAAAUAUGAUAAGCUUCUUGCAAGUAGCAUACUCUACGGAUUAUGUAUAUAAAACGAGGGACCUUGCUGAAAGAAAUUAUAGACUUGAUGCUUAUGGUAAGACGAUGAUAAGUCAUAAUUUCAAGGAGGCUGUUAAAUGGCUAGACGCUAACAAGAAUGGUGAAGUUCAUGAGUACGAGUACAAGAGAAGCAGCAGUUUAAAGCAGUCUGCGAUCGAUUCAAUGUUUCUGGUAGUUGAGGAAUUAAGAUUGAUGAAGUUUAAUAAGCUUCACAGGCUUAAAUUGUUCACUGUGUCAUGAUUUUCAAGACUUGAAUUGUUUGGGCAAGCUGAAGUUACUGUUUCCAUCAUUCUAUAGUAUAGUUUUCAGAGAUCGGUAUCUCGUUCUUGUUAGAAUCGUACAAAAUUUUGCUUCA